GAAAUUAACGGAUAUAUAUAAUAAAAUUCGCAAUAAAGUUCAGUUCCGCCGCCUGAUAAAAAAAUUUUCUGAUAAUAGACUCCUAGCGCGACUAUUAAGAAUCUUCUUUAUGUGCGGAAACAAAAACAAAGAAUUAGCCAUCGUUAAUUCCAUAUAUUCUUACACCACUUACACGAACCUAGCUCCAUCGAAAAGUAGUAAAAAGGAUAAAAUGGUCUUUUUGCGAAUGUAUGAAACAGUCUGAAGGAGACACCUCUGAGCUCCUCUAAAGCUAUGCCUUGUUGUCUGCCCAUUCAUCUGCGUCUGGAAUAUCUGCACUUCUUGGGAUUCUUUACGGAAAGCACUGCAAGGGUUUCUGAGUGCAUUAAGUUGAAUUAGAAAGGUGUUUUGUUGCUCAGCCUAAUAUAAUAAAAUGAACUCAGUAAUAAAAAUUGUAUUUGGCCUUAAUUUGCUAACUUACGUUUCCUCAACUUCCGUGAUUAAAGUGGGCGCCCUAUUUCCAAAACUAUCUAAGCAACAAAGUGAUCCAGAAGUAGCCUUUCAAUAUGCUGUACAUAGACUCAAUUAUGACAAGAGUGUGUUACCUGAUACCGACCUAGUACAUCAUAUUCAAUAUAUUGCUAAGGACUCUUUUCAGGCUGUUCAAAAAGUAUGUAAUCUUAUCGAAGGCGGAGUACAGGCUAUAUUUAGUCCAACAGAUUCUUUUUUGGCCACCCAUAUUAAUUCCAUAUGCGAUGAUCUUGAUAUACCAGAUAUUGGAAUUAGUCGAUCCGCCCAAAAAUUCUCCAUAAAUGUUCAUCCCUCGCAGCAACAUAUUAAUCGAGCUUUCAUCGAUGUUAUACGAUAUCUAAAUUGGACAAGGUUUGGUAUUUUAUAUGAAAAGGACCACGGUAUAUUAGUAUUAAAUCAAUUUUCGCGGUCAAUUGAAGCGGAGGUGCAUAUAAGACAGGUAUCGCCUGGUUCGUACCUGUCAGUUCUUCACGAGUUCAAAAACAAUGAAAUUCAUAAUAUCUUAAUUGACACUAACUCGGCUGGAAUUUCAAUUUUAUUAAAAAAUAUUCUUCAGCAACAAAUGAAUGAGUACAAAUUCCACUACUUUUUUACAAGUUUCGACUUGGAAAAUUUUGAUUUGGAGGAUUUUAAAUACAACUUUGUGAAUAUAACAUCAUUUCGACUGGUUGAUAUGGGCGAUGUAGCGGUAAAAGAAAUUCUUAAGGGGAUGGAAUUAUUCGAUAUUGGUAAUUUAAACCGAAACGAAUCAACUUAUAAAUACAAGAAAACCGUUAGUAUUCAGACAGAGGCAGCUCUGAUGUUUGACUCAGUUUAUGUAUUUGCCAUCGGGUUGCAGUCUAUGCACCCAUUAAUUCACCUAUCAAAUUUGACUUGUGACGAUGAAAUCCCGUGGAACGAAGGCCUGAGCCUGAUCAAUUAUAUUAAUGCGGUUGAAUGGAAAGGUCUAACGGGACCUAUACAAUUUAAAGAUGGUCAACGGAUUCAAUUUAAGCUCGAUUUAAUCAAAUUAAAGCAGCACUCCAUCGUAAAAGUCGGCGAAUGGACGCCUCAAGAUCAUCUAAAUAUAACGGAGCCCUCAUUAUUUUUUGAUGCUGGUUCUAUGAAUGUGACUUUAGUUGUUAUAACAAUAUUGGAAACGCCCUACGUAAUGAUGCGUUACGGUAAAAACUACACCGGCAAUGAACGCUUUUAUGGCUUUUGUGUCGAUAUAUUGGAAACAAUAUCGCACGAGGUCGGGUUUGACUAUAUACUAGAUUUAGUUCCUGAUAGAAAGUAUGGAGCCAAAGAUCCCGAAACAGGCCAAUGGAAUGGAAUGGUCGCUCAGCUAAUGAAAUAUAAGGCGGACUUGGCUGUUGGGUCUAUGACAAUCACAUAUGCAAGGGAAAGUGUUAUAGAUUUCACAAAACCAUUUAUGAAUCUAGGCAUCAGUAUUUUAUUAAAGAUUUGUACACCAUUUCUCCUAGAAAUUAUUCAACUCAAGCGACCUACAAAAAAUGAACCCAGAAUGGUGCACGAAAAGCAAGGUUAUCCUUGGAUCCAUUGCAAUUUGGUGCCCACAACAGAACCAACUCGACUGUUUUCUUUCAUGAAUCCAUUAGCUAUUGAAAUAUGGAUUUACGUUUUAGCGGCAUAUUUACUUGUCUCGUUGACCAUAUAUUUAUUGGCAAAACUGUCGCCGAUCGAAUGGCGUAGUGUACACCCGUGUGAUGUGGAUCACAUAACAAUAAUCAACCAAUUUUCGAUAUCUGAUAGCUUUUGGUUCACUAUUGGAACGCUUAUGCAGCAGGGUUCCGAUAUAUAUCCAAGAGCCGCAUCUACCCGAAUUAUUAGCAGUGUUUGGGGAUUUUUUUCCCUUAUUAUAGUUGCCUCAUAUACCGCCAACUUGGCGGCAUUUUUAACUGUGGAGCGUAUGAUUAACCCGAUUGAAAAUGCUGAAGAUUUGGCUAGCCAGACGGAAAUCUCAUACGGGACCUUGGAAAGUGGAUCAACAAUGACAUUUUUUCGGGAUUCUAUGAUUGAAACUUAUAAAAAGAUGUGGAGAAUUAUGGACAAUAAGAAGCCCAUGGCAUUCACAUCAACUUAUGAGGACGGCAUAAGGCGUGUCAACCAGGGUAACUACGCAUUCUUGAUGGAAUCCACAAUGCUUGACUAUAUUGUUCAGCGAGACUGCAACUUAACUCAAAUAGGCGGCUUAUUGGACACUAAAGGAUAUGGUAUUGCCACACCUAAGGGAUCUCCAUGGCGGGACAAGAUAUCAUUGGCUAUUUUGGAGCUUCAAGAAAAGGGCGAUAUUCAAAUGCUUUAUGACAAGUGGUGGAAGAACACGGACGAGACCUGUAAGCGGAUAAGCAACAAUAAGCAGUCCAAGGCAAAUGCUUUGGGACUCGAAAGUAUAGGUGGCGUAUUCGUGGUGCUGCUUACUGGAACAUUGGUUGGAUUUAUUGUUUCAUUCCUUGAAUUUAUGAUUCAUUUUCGACAAAAGGCAAAAUCAUUACGGAUGAGUCACAGCAGCUGUAAGAAUCACGGCCACUUAAAUUCAUCCACUGCUAAAGAUUCAUCGACAAGGCAAGAUUGGACUUAUUUAUCUACGUCACGUUCUCCGUGGGUUGAAAUGUUUGAAGAGCUACGAUUUGCGUUAUGGUGUACCAAUAAACGUCAACGCCCAGAAUUUAAAAGAUGCUGCGCCGAAUGUCAAAUUAAUUAAAAUAUUUUCCCUUGAGCUGGGGGCGGAACUCGCACGGAAUAAGUCAUUGAUUCAUUCAUUAAUUUCCAAAUUUUCAUAAAUACAACUUGAGACAUGGCGUGCAAAAUAGUACGGAUAGAUUUACAUUUUGCACGGGCGAAAAAUUGGUGUAUUUAUGUCUAAAAUUUAAAAAAAAAACUGCGACCUGGCGAUGACCGGGAAUCGCUAGCUUUUACUAUAUAAAGCUUAUGCAAUAUAGUUAUUUAUAUGAAGGUGGCAGAUUGUACUAUAUAAAACUUAUGACUCUUCUGUGUUGCAGCUGGCGAAGGAUAGUCGAUCAUAGCUACAAAUUAUGCUCGCAGAUAUAUUGCCUUUUAUGCUUUGCAAAUUUCGUUCAAGGGUUUUGAAAAAUUUUUCGAUCAAAUUUUAAAUAUAUUACUUUAAGGUUUGGAACUAUUUCGUUUAAAUGUAUUAAAUUUUAAUUAA